GGAUUGUCUCCCGUGAGAGGGACCCCAUGCGGCGGGCAGGUAGCCGGGAGAGGGGCCCAGUUAGGCAGGCAGGUAGCCGGGAGAGGGGUCCCAUCAGGAGGGCAGGUAGCCGGGAGAGGGAAGCAGGGAGACCUGAAACAGGCAAUGUAGAUAAACCCAUUCACCUAGGAGAUGACCCUGACAAAUUGCCUCCGUACCAUCGAGAUGAGACACUCAGGGGUUCUUGGGGUCACGAAGAUGAUAGAAUGCAGGAGGAAUUUCCUUUAGAUAGUCAAGAUGACCCUUCUUUGGAGCAUGAGCGAUUGGAUGACUGGGAAAGAGAACAAUACUGGAGAGAUCAGAACUCUGAUUAUCAGGAUGAUUCUGUAGAUGCCUAUGACAGAGAUGACAGGUUGCAAUCACACCAUUCAUUGCCUCCAUUAUCUCCCCUACCACCACUACCUCCUUUAUCAUCUGAUCAUGACAGACGAGAUUCAUGGUGGGAUGACUGGAAAAGGCCAAGAGAGAGGGAACUAGAGAGAGAUCUAGAUAGGACUGGAAGAUCUUCAGACAUUUAUGAUCAAGAUUUAGACAGAGAAUGGGAUAGAGACUGGGACAUGAGACCUAUGGAUGACAGAGAAAUGGGGAAUCGUGACCUGGAUAUUCCUCCUCUACCACCGUUACCACCUCUUCCACCUCUGGACAGAUACCGUGAAGAUAGGUGGAGGGAGGAUAGGAACAGAGAUCAUUAUGACAGAGACCUCCGAGACAGGGGGGAGCUGAGGAUUCGAGAGUAUCCAGAGAGAUAUGACACGUGGCGGGAGAAGCAAGACUACCUUCCUGAAAGGACUGAUUGGGAGAGGGAACGGUUGUCAGAUAGGUGGUAUCCAGAUGAUGGAGACAGACUGCGGUCUUUGGAUGAUCAUUCAGAUUCAUCCCUUCCUCCACCUUCACAUUCCUCUGAUAUGCUGGGAGCAGAUUCAAACCUGGACUCUGACCAGUCCUUGGGAGGAGUGAUGGUCCUUAGCCAAAGACAGCAUGAGAUCAUUCUGAAGGCUGCUCAGGAGCUCAAAAUGCUUCGAGAGCAGAAAGAACAGCUACAGAAACUGAAAGAGUUUAAACCUGACAUUUCCACACAGGACUCUCCUAGAUCACAGAACACAAGCACAAGGCCGGGUGCCUUUCAGGUCUCUUCUCAGCUAUCUUCAGAGGCACCAGUAGAAGCCCAAGCUAUUAAACCUUCUCCUGCUGUUAUUAUAAAGCCUCCCGUGUUGUUCAGACAGCCCACCCCUGUGACAAGACCAAGUGCCCCACUGACAAGGCCUGCUACACCUAUGACAAGGCCACAUGCUCCAGUUUCUACUCCAACUACAACCCCAAGUCAUGGUCAGUCUUUAAAACCAUCACCUUCUGCUGUGGAACAGGAACGCUGGGAUGAGGAUUCUUUCCACGGACUCUGGGACACAAAUGAGGAUAAAGGAGCAAAUAUGGAGUACGAGUUGUGUAAACAGGAGUCAAUGAUGCCUCCACCUGUCUCCUCACCUGUGAAAGUACCUGCUGUUCACACCUCUGUUCCAUCAGCUGUACCAGUGUCCCUUCCUCCAGUUAUUCCACCGGUUCCUAAAGCACCCGUAAUUCAGCAAACUGUGGAUUAUGGCCACGGACGAGAUAUAACUACCAGUAAAGUGGAACAGAUUCCAUACGGGGAGAGGGUGACCCUGCGUCCGGAACCUCUACCAGAGAGGCAAACGUUUCAAAAAGAGCACCCCGGUCGUUACAACAGAGAAAGAGACCGUGAACCUUAUUUUGAGCGUCAAGGUAAUUCCAACACAGAUCAUCGGGAUUUCAAGAGAGAGCGGGAAUUGCACAGAGACCGUGGGUCUGUGGACUAUGAACGAGAGAGAUUUGAAAAAGAGCGGCAUCCCCGAGAUGAUAGGGUUCUUCCUACUACGCCUUCAAGGACUCAGUCUUACCGUGACAAGAAAGACCAUCCUUCCUCCAGGCGGGGUGGUUUUGAAAGACCACCAUAUGAACGAAAGACAGAUCGUCCAGCAUAUGAUCAUGGGCCUUCCAUGUUUGGAGGUGAUCGUAGAAAUUACCCUGAGGAAAGGAUUCCUAUUUCUGCUCCAUCAAUGCCCCGCCAGCCACCACCUGCUCCACGAGUGGAAAGGAAGCCAGAAUCUAAAAAUGUAGAUGAUAUUUUGAAGCCACCAGGACGGGAUAGCAGGCCAGAGAGGAUUGUAAUCAUAAUGAGAGGGUUGCCUGGCAGUGGAAAGACACAUGUAGCAAAACUCAUCAGGGAUAAGGAAGUAGAGUGUGGAGGACCUGCACCAAGAGUGCUCAGCCUGGAUGACUAUUUUAUCACUGAAGUGGAAAAAGAAGAGAGAGAUCCAGAUACAGGGAAAAAAGUGAAAAAGAAGGUGAUGGAGUAUGAAUAUGAAGCUGAUAUGGAAGAGACCUAUCGUACCAGCAUGUUUAAAACUUUCAAAAAGACCUUGGAUGAUGGCUUCUUCCCCUUUAUUAUCCUUGAUGCUAUCAAUGAUAGAGUGCGACAUUUUGAACAGUUUUGGAGUGCUGCAAAAACCAAGGGUUUUGAGGUGUACUUAGCUGAAAUGAGUGCAGAUAACCAGACGUGUUCCAAGAGGAAUAUUCAUGGACGCAAGCUAAAAGAAAUCAGCAGGAUGUCUGAUCACUGGGAGGCAGCACCACGUCACAUGAUGCGCCUGGACAUUCGUUCUCUAUUGCAGGAUGCUGCUAUCGAAGAGGUGGAGAUGGAGGAUUUUGAUGCAAAUAUUGAAGACCAGAAAGAAGAAGCCAAGAAGGAUACAGCAGAGGAAGAAGAAAGUGAACUGGGUUACAUUCCGAAAAGCAAAUGGGAGAUGGACACUUCUGAGGCAAAGCUAGACAAGCUGGAUGGUUUGCGGACUGGCACUAAAAGGAAGCGUGACUGGGAAGCAAUUGCCAGCAGAAUGGAAGAUUAUCUGCAGCUUCCAGAUGACUAUGAUACACGUGCUUCUGAACCUGGAAAGAAAAGGGUGCGGUGGGCAGAUCUAGAAGAAAAAAAAGAUGCAGACAGGAAAAGGGCCAUUGGUUUUGUUGUUGGACAAACAGAUUGGGAGAAGAUAACAGAUGAAAGUGGUCAUCUUGCUGAGAGAGCCCUCAACCGCACCAAGUAUAUAUGAAAAAGUGGUUAAAUGGAAUUUUGUGCCUUUAAGGCCAUUUGCUCUGAGGAGAAGUGAACCAAGGUGUCAUGAGCAUCUUGCAUGGGUCAUGUCACUCCCACCUUCACAGUUUUUUUUUUUGUUACUUUAGUUUCAGCAGUUUUCUUGAGAUAUUGGCAGAUAACCAGUGCCCUCAAAAAAAACCCAACGAAUCCCACUGCUCCUAAGUGAGAAAGACAGUUUACUUUUUAAUAUUUUUCGAGGGGAGGGAGGGGGAGGGCCAGUAGUUUUAGCUGCUGUUUGUGGGAUAAAGUGGAAAGUUUAGACAGACGUUACCUCCACUGUACUGUCACAGAAUGUUUAUCACCUUUGCUUUGUGGCCGUUCUCGUUUUAUACUGUAUGUACCUUGUAGCUUAUUGUAUUAGGAAGCAGAACAAUAAAUUUCACUAUAAACUCGGUGUUCUUGGUGGACCAUAUAUCAUGGUUUUUUUGUUUGACAUUUUAAAUGUGGUCUGUGUUCACAUGUUGACAGUGCUCAGAACCGUCCUUACCUGGAAGAGGUGCUGUGCUCAUAUUCUGGAAUGUGUCCUGUCUUCUAGGUUUAUCACGUGCUCCUCCUUCUCAUAGACAGCUCCAUUAAGGCCCCAGGUUUUGCUGGCCUUUAGGAGUCAUACCGUUCUCAUUCCUCCUGGAGAGCAGCAAUGAUCGUUAUAUUUUGGAUCCUAGUUCCUCAGUUAUGUCAAAUUUCCAUUACUACGUGAGUAUAAAUUCUGCUGGAUGGCUCUGAAAUACUCAAGGUAGUAAUGUGUGAAAAACAUUUCUUUAAUGCUCAACUUGAAAACGGGUACUACAGAGUUCUCCGAAGGGUAGCCUAGAAAAUUCAUUUUGGUCUUACUAUGUCUUUUAGUCAACACUGGUCCCUAUCAGGGUAUUUCAUUCCAUUCAUGUCUACUGUCUCAUAGAGAAACAUCAUUAAAAGAAGCAACGAAGACCAGAAGUUAUAGCCUUCCAUUCCUUUAAUAAAUGUGUUUAGCUUACUAAAAAAGAUAAUGAAUAGCAGUCCACAUUAUUAAAAGUGGUACAAACUCUUCAUAGAUGGUGAUGUAUUGCUUCUGCACAGCAUCAGGUUUGCUGAUGAAAACUGUCUUUUGUCCUCAGGUUUUGAAGCAAAUGCCUUGUGUUAACGACCAGGCAAGGUGUUUAAAUCCAAAAAUAAUUGCUGUUUUACUGGUGAAUUGAAUUUUUGCUCAUGGUCUUUCUGAGGGAAGAAAAUGAAAUCCUGGAUUUCCUUCUCUGCUAUUCUUUGUUGCGCUGCUGAGCGAUUACAUUGUGGUUUGCGUCUAGGUUGGUAAAUCAACUAGUUCUGGUGUGGCAGUUCAUGCUGUUAAAAGAGAGCAGCAGUGCUAAUAGAUAGUUUUGGUUGCCAUUCUAAUGUUUUGGUUUAUUGGAUGUUUCUGAGCCUUGUCUCUGGUGCGUGAUUGAAAGCUCUUUGGUAAACGAGGGGAAUAGCCGAACUUGUGUUAUGACCUGAAUGUGUUUGAUAGAAGAAAAUCAAGCUCCCUGAAUGCAGUGUUUUUAACAUGGAAGUUGAUAAAUAUGCAUUUUCUGUGUACACAUACUAUUAUGUAGCAUAUGUACUUUCUUUUUUAAAUGUUGCUAAGUACUCUUUGAAAUCUGACUGAGAAUUGUUGACACAUGGGAACUAAGAGUUAACCAGAAAUCAGGAUUGUGCAUUGCUGUGGAAAUCGGGCAAGCUUCACUUUGGAAAAGUUACUCUCUCAGGUAUGUGUAAAACGGGUUUCAGUCUAUUCUCAGUUGUCCGUAACAAAGCUGGAUUUCUUGUGGCACACCAUUGUUACAAGUUGAUGCUGUUUCUUGACUUUUAAGAACUUAUAAUGGUUUUGUCUGUAUUUUUUUUAAUACUCCUAAGCAGAUCCUUUUCUAACAUUUUCCUUUCCAGGCUAAAUAAUAUUUCUGGGGCAUGUAAAUGGAUAGCGUAUGACAGAACUGAUCAUAUUGAUUACUGUUUUUAAUAAUUUUGAAAAUUAUUUUAGCAGAUAACACCCAGAGUGGUGUCACUGCUUAUUCUGUGGUGCAUGUGGAAUUAAAGAGAGAUGAGCAGAGAAUAUACAUAAAGUUAUACUUUGACGAGAACAGAGAGGAAAAUGUAUCAAUCUUCAAGUUUAGGGCAAAAUUUCAGUUAUGAAAACAUACUGUUACAGACUGUAUGUCAAACUGUUUAAUCAGAACAGGCUGAAGGGCUUGGGGGUUUUUGUUGUUGUCUUCCUGGUUCCCUGAAGUUCAGACCUUUUCCAUUUCUAUACUGUUUCAUAACCUUUGCCAUUUGUUUCAGUUGGUUUGAAUGUUUAGCAGGUCAGUCUUCAUCUGCUUCACAGGAAAUGGCUCUCAAAGAGAAUAACUUAUGCCAGAACUACCACCUGUCACAGAUUCUACACACUGUAGUCCUUCAGUGAGUGAAGAAAUCGAGCAAAAAGGAAAAAUUCAUCACUGCUGCUGACAGAACUGAGAAUAGCUAGGUAGUCCUAUGCUUGGCUUGUAGUCAGAGCUUGGUAAUUAGUGAUUUCAAUUCUGUCUAGAAAAUCCUUCACUACAAAAUCCAGUAAGUUUUGAUCCUGAUUUAGUUCUUACUCAUCAUCUGCUCACUGAUAUUGGCAGUAGCAUCUUUCAGAGCACUGAACAGAAAGAAUACCUGCGUUCAUUGAUGGCUAAAUAGGAAGAUACGCAUCCAGUGCUCUCGGAUAAUGAUCCGUCUUUGACCAUGCAUGCAAUUGUGGUAACUUUAAGUUGGACUGUUUCUGUGCAGUGCAUCACAUUUAAAAAUACAACUUGGAAAAAAUCAUCAGCUGCUGCAGAAUGGAGCUGCCACCUCUUGAGCAAAGUUGACUGUUAAAACACUAUUUUCUGUGAAUUACAAUUUCUUGUGGCACUUCAGUUUUUCUCAAGACGGUCUGCUUUUUUUAAGAGUAUUGAAACUACCGCUCUCAUGGUAGAAGUACAUGUACUUUUUGCAAGGGAAUGUGCAACCUAAGACAUGCUGCUGCUAUGUGAAUAGAGCUUAGUUGUCGUCUUCAGUCACCUUGUGUUUUACUGUAGGAUUGCUCAUUAAGCAUGAUGGUCUGACUAUGGUAUGAAAGAGUGAAAAUAUAGUGUAGAAUAUUAUGUCGGUUCUGAAAGUGCCAUGGUUUUCUUUUUCUUAAAUGUUUAUAUCAACAUAGGUAAGCGACUUACCUUGCAUUAUUAUUUCCCAGUCUUUAGAAGGGAAGAAUUGGUGUCUGUACAAGUUGGGAGUUUCACUUUUCACCCAUCAGGUUGGGUUUGGUAUUUUUUCGACUUUGAUUCAGUCAUCUUUGCGAACCCAGUCCAUCAAUUGUUCCUUGCCUGUCUGUUGGUAAACAAAAUACAUCGCUGUUGCUGUCUGUCUGUAAGGUGGUGUUUUAACUAUUUCUGAAGCCUUUCAAUCUCUGAACAACCAUUUAGAUACCAUGGAUUUCAGUAGUGGCUUUUAUGAAAGGAUUGAAUUGGAAAAGUAGAAUAUUACACUGAAACAAAUGUAUUAACCUAUUCCUAAAAAGCCCACGUCUAAUCCAGUUAAGCAGUUAAAAAUUGUGAAGAAUCGUGAUUUGCAAGUCACAUUAGAAAGUAUGCUUCCUGCAGAAUAGUCUGUCAUUAGCGUGCUUUUAAAUGAAAGAGAAGAACGUGACCUUGCCAGCCAAAAUCGGUUUUUCCCAAUCUGAAAUUUCAACAUCAUGGGAACACUCUUGAGAGUCCUUUUCAACGGAACGAAGUCAUUCAGCCUGUGGGACAGCUCGUUGCCACCUAAACAAAUUUAUUGUUACCAGAAGAAAAAAUAUUCUUUGUCCAUUUGUUUAAUGCGGCUGUCAUGGUGAAUCGUUUCAUGCCCUUUGGACACAAUUUCCCUUAGAAGAUUGUGCAAUUUUAUUAUUAAUAUUGCUGCCAUGAGAUUUUAGAAACCCACACAAUAUUGGACAGACCUCAGGACUUGAAGAAAACAUGGUUGAUCUGGGUUGGAGGCAAAUUGUGCUUUUUUUCUAUGAAGUUCCCAACGUCUCUGCCAGCAUGCAGCGAGCUAACUGUGAGUUGACUGAACUGAAACCCAGGAACUCUCUUGGAGUAUUGUAGCUUGGCAUACGUGGACUGGAAAGGGGAAGCAGUACUGAGAGUUUUCUUUGCCUGUGGAACAUUCACAUGGUCUGCAUCCUCAGGAAGCCAAGUACUGAUGGGUACAUGGUUCCUUUUUAUUGUGCCUCUCUUUGUUAUUUAAUGUUUCCCAGAUUACCCCCAGGAAAUGAGGUUUCAAUACUGAACUUGAGGUCCACUGACAAUUUGGGAUCAAGCUGUACCAGGACAACUUGCAUACUAUGAGAUAAUGUAUUUGAGGAGCAGAGGUGGCCAUCUUGGUUGAGAUCUGCACGUUUGCAGCGUGAACUAUAAGUGGUAAAAAGAAACUCUUCUUGCAAUGUGGUGGUAUAAGACUGACUAUACUUAGUUUUCUUAUCACAGUAGAAAUGUGAAGAGAACAGAAAUUUCCUAGAAUUUAAGAUACAAAUGGAGCAACUCUCUGUUUUGAGUCCCUGGGGCCGUCAUCUUUAUUCUCUCAUAAAACUUGAAUCAAAGUUGUAUUCUCUUCUCCUGCUCAUCCAUUCCUACAGGUGCGAGUGAGAAUCCUUCAACCAACUAAAAGAACACCAAGUAAUUCUUCUGAUUUCUGCUUUAGAUUAAUCACUUUCUUCUUCACGGUGAAACCAGUUUAUUUCAUUCUUACCAGCAGAGUGUUUCAGCAAUUGCGAUGUCUCUUUCUACCACUUCCAGAUUUGCAUGGUACUGGAUCUGCAGCCUGGAGCCUUAACUCUUCCUCAUGCAUGUAGGUUGGAAAAUUGGUAAUGACAAUAUUUCCUUCAGGUGGAUUAUCACUUUCUAGCUGAUUAAUACUGUUUGGAAGCAGAAUGUGCUCUUUUAUUCAUGGUUUUGUUUAAACCAGGUAAGCACAAAUACUGUUACCAAACAAAAAGUACAGCAAAUUACUAGAAAUGGAGAGACAAAGUGUUUUGAAGUUGCUUAUGUUUUCUAUUCUGUGUUGGGUUUCUAGUCAGGAGGCUCUGGUCUGUUUGAAUUGUAGAAUUUAAGAUUUGAAUUUGCAAACCUUAAAGCUGCCUGGGUGGAAAUGGCACAGUUUCUUUUUUUUCUAAUAUUUUUCUGACUUGUGGAACUCUUUGGGAGGGGAGGCCUUUCCCUAGGGCUUGUGCUCUGGAGUAUCAGUUAUUCAAAUAUUUCUCCAUACUGCUUCCCUUGUAUGUUUGUACCGGGACAAAGUUUGUUUCCUUAACUGGUCAAGAUACACAUGUAUGAAUGGAUGUUUAGCUUUACACAGGAAACUUCUGAUGCUUUUUAUUAGGAUGGCAUCUGAACUGUCUGCUGUGACCAUUAUAUUAUGUAUGAAGUUGCUGUGUUUGACCAGUUCGUACUCUCAGGGGAAUAUUUGAAGACUGCAAGGUUGUUAUCACUUCACCAAUUCCUGUGAUGCUGCUUUCUUUGGAGAGAAAUUAUAACUGCAGUGCUCCUUGCAAAAAACAAACAAACAACAAAAAAACCCAAAACAAACAAAAAACACUUGAGAAGUGAAAACUUUCCAUCUAAAUGAAGAAAAAAGAAAUUUAAAAAAAAAUGAAAAAUGGGAAUUCAGUUAGUUUUACUCUAAUUAUCUGAGCUGGAAUCUGUCUUAUGUGGCUAGAAUGUGCUAGCAUCUCCACUGUCUGAGGUGUCUGCUUUAGCUACUGGCUGCAUAUAUAUUUGUGGAGGAGAAUCUGAAAGUAAUCCCUACCAUUUUUUGUCUGCAGAUCAAAAGCACAUUUGAGCAAGCCGAUUUAGAAAGCAGUUCAUCUUGAGAAAACCUGUUAAGGGUGAUUUGGAAGUACUUUUUAAUUCCUUUAAAAAGCACAAGCCAUUAACAGAUUACAUGUAAACUGAAGCAUUGCCCCCCAGAAAAUGGAAGCACUUUCAAAAACUAAGAUUUCUUCUGUUCAGGUCUUGUAGGAUGUUACUUUUCUUCUCUGGGAUUUAGCACAGAAAGGGAACAGAGCUGCAGUUCUUCCCGGCUUCAGAGUGUAAAUGGCCUUAAACUGCAAAAAUCGAAAUAUUUCUUUUGACAGGUAGGUAAUACAGACAAUUACUUUAGUUUGGCACUACACCACAUGCAGAUGACAAGGUAUCUUAAGCAGCAUUUAAAAUGUAUCUUUUUGCUCUGUUUUGGUAAGUCUGAUGCAGAUAUUAAUGAAAGUUUUGUUUGACCACUGUUGCUGAUCCGGGUGCUAGCCUUUGUACAUGUAGCUUGUUUUUUGAGAAUGCUGUAUUACUGUUUGGAGCACAGAAAGCAGCUUUACCAACAAACACCUACACUGCUUCAACUUACUCAUCUGUGGAUGCUCAGAACUCUUGUGCAAGUGAUGAGUCUUUACUGCUAUUCUUUGAGGUGUUUGUUUUUCCAUUUCCUUUGAACUGAAGUUGCCAAAUUCUUUCCUUUGAAGAAGACAUGGACAGAUUAACUUGUCUGGUAGCAGAUCUCACUGUACUCUUCAGUUAAUCACGAAAGUCAAGAUUUUUCAGGUAAUGACAACCAGAUGGCACUAAAGCUUUGAUUUCAUUGUAGGAUUAAAUUGGAAAAAAAACCAAAAGCUUGAAAUUGUUUCCACUAUAAUUAAAUUUUUGUGGUUUCAUGUUGCCCAGUACAGUUUAAAACCAUUAACUUCUACUUCGUGAAAGAAAAACUCACCACUUUUCUAUGGAAAAAAUGUCAGUGGAUUAAUGUUGCACUGUUGUGUGGAGUAUCUCUUGCAGUCCACAGUCAAGAUUUUGUGCACCAUUGAACCUACGUGCUGCAUAAAUAUGGAACAAGACUUUUCAUCUGCCUUGAGGAGAGGCAUCAAAAUUAAAUGGUCUGUUUAUUUUAUAAACACUUUUUUUUUUUUCAAGACUUUAAAUAUACUGUAGCAAGAAAUAAUUCCUCUGAAGUCUUCCAAGGUUUCUUAUUGAAUCUUUUGCUUUUUUCCCUCUUGGAAAAAAGAAAAAUAAGGAUAAAUAACCAAACCAAAGCACUAAAGAUACUUCUGAUAGAAGAACCCGCUAACUCUUCACUCUGGCUAGGAAACCUCAGAACUUCAGCUUGAUCAGAGACGCUACCGAGAUCUCUCACAAAGAAAUGUGCUUGAAGCUCUAAUGUGAACGGUUCAAACAGGUUUGUGCCAUGUGUGGUAUGAUUACCACACGUUUUGCAGUCAGUGCUUUAUAGUUAAAGAGGAAGGUGACUGCCCUUUUCCAAGGAGUUUACAAUCUACAUAUUCCUUUAUUAGGAAUAUAACGGUUUGUAUCUGCUUUCCCUUCUCCCAGCAGGCAGAGGGAAUCUGCUGUAAGGCUGAAGGGAUGGCCCUGAAGUAAACUUGGGUAUAAACUUCCUCAUUUUUACUGAAAAGUCUGUCUGUUACAGCCUUAUUGCAGAACAUACGGUUCAGAUGUAGCUUGAGAAGAAUAUUCACGUACCCUUUAAGCAAUUUAUCUACAAAUCUGUUGAGGAUAGACACCAACGUGGUGAGCAUGCUGCAUUGCUAGCGGUAUGCUAACAGUGCACAUCUGUACCUCCUACUUGAAGAUGAACUUGGAGCAGAAUAAAAAUUUACUAAAAAGCUAGAUUUCCCUCAGUAAAACCAGAAGUGACUGUUUGGCUUCGUGUCAGUUUGGGGAACUGAUGAAACCUGUGACCUUUGGUGAUAAAUAUUUCUCCAUUGCCUCCUUUGUCAGUUGUGUCUGUACUGGCCUGUAGAAGAUUGUCUCAGUCCUGUGGAUUUCCAUCCUCCUCUCAUUCCCAAUCUAGAUGUACAAUCUGCUAUGCUGAAGGAGAAGACUCUCUAGAAGUUAAGACUGGCAUGAUUAAUUGCUAAAGGCAAAAAUGCUGACCAUAUCACAUUGUCACCUUGCACUCUGCUGUGAUAGUUUCUUGCAUUCUGAGUCUAAGUCAUAGUCUGGGAUUUCACUUGAAAAGCCACAGCUGUCCAGAGAAUUUCUCUGAUCUCAAAGGCUGUUCACUACAUACUCUGAUGCAGCAGCAUCCCGUGCAGUCAAGAGUUUUGGAGAGGAGUUCCUCAACAGCACCUGUUACAGCUGAGCAAUCCCAUAGAGAUUCUCUUUCUCAAGGAGUAUCGCAAAAUCUCUCUCUCCGUUCAGACAUGUCUUUUCAGCAUCUGACCUUUUUGGUCAGACUAAGUUCUAUAAAUGCAAAAUGCAGGUGCUGUGUCCUUGUUCAUGGACAGUUGUUUGUCAUUCCUAGUGAAACAGAACUUCAGAAAUGCACAUGGCUGACAAAUCUGCGCAAUUGAUGUGAGGUCCAGGGUUGGUGGUGAGGUGACUGCAUUUUCAAAGGAGUGUUAUUUCUGUAUGUUCUUCAUCUGGAUGUUUUUAUUCACAGGGAUUGAUUUCAAAUGUCAUUGCCUUGGAAAAUACUCUUUCUGCCGCAGUUCUGUAUCAGUCUCUUAUUUAGAUGAAUGCUUUAGGUUGAGACUUUGGUAUACUACUUCUUCCAGUUUCAGAGAUUUACCUUUCUAAGAUAAAGAUAUAUAGCUCAUUGUAGUACGCAUUGAUUUUUCCUUUUCUGUACUUUUGUGGCAUUUUCUUUUAUCUUAAUUUGUCCUUGGCUAUAUGCAUCAAGAUGAGGGAGAUCUAUUUUCAACAGUGGAAGCUACUUACUAGCCUAGGUGUACAGGAGAGACAAAUAAUGUACUUCUCUCCUUGUCAUAAUUAACCUAAUUGGGCAUCUGUUUUUCUGCAUUUUCUAGCGCAGGUCAUAAACAAAUGUGUAAUGCACCUCAUAUGUAUAUGACAUAAAACUUAAAAAAAAUGUGUAAUGCUCAAACCAGUUGCCUUUGCAUUGGGUGCUCCAGAUGGAUUAGUCCAGUCCAGCAGGGAUUUAAGACCUGUACGUGGCUUCCAGAGCCUUCUGCACUGCUAUUUUUCAAGUUUCGGUCUUUGCUGUGAUUUUUUUUUUCCCCUCUGUGUUUGUGUCAAGUUGUAUAGACCUGGUGAGUACAGCGUUCAGUAUAGCUGAAUGUACAAAUGCAGUCUGUGUAUUGUAGAAACGUUAACUUCCUGCAAUAUGUAGGUUGCUUUUUUUUCUUUUUUUAAUACUGCUGUUUUCAUUGUUCUCUACCUUUGAUGCACCAGUUGUGAAGAAGGAAGACCUCUGGAAUUAAUGGCACUAAAAUUGCAUUGAGUUUAAAGUCAUUAACAUUAUUAAAAUAUUUCACAAAUACGCACCUGGUCAGCAUCUUCCCUGGCAAAGAGGAAAUAAAUUAGCAGCUUAAUCAAGACUGGACAGUAUUCUAGCGAAUUUUGGGAAGUAUAAAGGGCUAGAAAUACAUUGCGAAAAUGUAAGGAUUGGAAUUCAGCGUUCAGUGUCAGAUUCCUUUUUUUUGCUGACUUCCUAACUGUGAUAAAAGACAGGUUUUGAAAAUAGGAUCAUAUGUAAAAUGGUGCUUUUGGUGAUCUCAGGGAGAAGAAUGCUCAGUAGCAAUUAGGCACCUUUUUUUUUUACUUACAUUUAUCAACUGGGAUUUUUUUGUUUGGCUGGGUUGUUGGGGUUUUUUUUUGCUGUCAUUGUCACGGAGUUUGGUUUAUUUUAAGAGCAGCUUUGCCUUUGGAAGCAGCAGCCUACCUCCUGCCGCGUCACUGACAUGUUGCCCUUGAACCCUAUGCACACAGGGAUUCCGUCCUGCGCCCGGGAUGCGUCUGAGCCAAGCUCGGAACAGUUAAUGUGGAGCAGAUAAGCCCCGUUACCAGAGAGGGAAUGGCACAAAGAUGCAUGUCUUCAGUGAUGCUUCUCAGAAAUCACCUUAUAACUUCUCACAGACUAAUUAACUUGAUUUUUAUCUAGGGGUUUGCCCUCAGGAGUCAGUCCUCUUCUGUUUGGCAGAUGGGCUGGGGGGAUGCUACAUCGUAAUGGGGGAUGGCGGAUGAACCGCAUGUAAUUUUGAACUAUCUGUGGUGUGGAUUCAUGUGCUGGGGCACUCCAAAUGUCUGAAGCUACGCUACGGUCAUCUGUAUUGAUAACAUAUCUGUGUGUUCAAUCUUAACAGCGCGGAACUGAGUUGUGACAGCAGGGGAUUUUCCCAGUGCUACAGUUCUGUUUAAAUGUCUUGUGGGGAAAACAGACACUGGAGAGGCGUCUGCAUAAAACCUUCCCCCUUAUUAAUCUCAGUGCUCCUGUACUUGUACCAGGAUUUAGGGCUAUUUUAUGUAGAUCUUUCACAUGUAGGGCCUGAUUUUUUUCUUUUUUUUUCUUUGUAACACCUUAUUUACCUUGUCAUUGCUCCAUUACUUUUACAGAUUUCUGUUUCACACCUGCAUGAUAUCAGUUACGUCUACAAUAUUGGCAUUUAUCUAUCCUCUCCGCCUUCUUCUCCCCCAGCUCUCUUAAUUGUUAUUUCGUAUGUCUGAGAAUCCUUCCUCAACUUUAGCUUCCAGCGUGCAUUGUUGUGUUUGGGGCGUGGGGCUGUUAACCCUAUGGUUUAUUUCCAGUGGAAAAAGCCACUGAAUGCUUGCAAGCACAUGAUCAUUCGGUAAUAUACUGAAUAAAGACAAUUGAACUGGCACCAGAAGGCUUUAUAGGAGAAGCUUUGCGAGAUGGUGAACAGAGUUUUGCAAACUGCUUAUCUAGCAAGAUCGUUGGAUCACUGGAGCACAUUGCAGGGACAGUGUAAGGACCAGUAAGUUUUCAGAAAAGACUUUUGGGACGUUGCACGCUGCUUUCAGGUGAUGUCAUUGCCAUGCCGCUGAAGAGCACCUUCCAUGCUGGUUCCAGCAUCGUUUGUAAAGAGAGGAGCUGCUCUGCAAAAAAUUGCUACCACCACUAAUUCCUGGAGAACAACCUCUGUGGAAAGAACAGCUGGGUGGCUCUGAGGCUGAUGGUGGGCUGUGGUGGACAUAACAGGACACGCAGUAGUUUUAAGAGAGGUAAGAUCUUCUGAUGGUAACUGCCAGCCUACUGACUGACUGAUGCCUCCAUACCCACUGUUUGUUACGACACAGAUCUUGAGAAUUGUAGUAAGGCUGUUCCCACGUAAAAUGCCAGCCUGCGAUUCGUGACACAGUCAAAAGUUAAACUUGUUUUUGCUUAACCCAUAAGUUUGGGGGCAAAUGGUCAGAGAUGGGGUGCGGUGAUCUGAGUAAAUUGAUACCGUCAGGAGAUGAUGGGCUUUACAAUGAGCGUAUUGAUGCAGCCAGACCAUAGACUGUUAGCAGGGAACAGGAUGGCACUGAGCAUGUAAAGGAAAGGAAUUGCCUUCUUUUUGUUCAAAUUGCAUGGUUAUAGGGAAACAAGCUUACAGCAACUUGGGAGAAAGAGGAUUCUGCAGUUUUGUCUCUGUUAUCGGAGAGUUCACACGCAACAGUGUCUUUGGCACCAAACAGAUGCUCUGUGCCUUUGCAGUCCUCCCCACAGUAGCUCCUCAAGAAAGACUGGUCCAAAGAUAAUUCCUUCCAGUGUGAGGCAGCCCCUUCUAAAAAUUGAAAUGCAGUCUUCUGUGUGAGUAAACCUGGGACCUGCAAGGAUUUUGUUUCCCAAAUGGUGUGACUGUUCACAUGCAGAAAGCAUUGCCACCAGCACCCUGGUUACAGUGCAAGUAUGGAAGAUGCUCACACGAGCAAAUUGUACAGUGUUAAUGUCUCCAGUUAAGUGCUAACAUGUGGGUGAGUAUAGCCCUGUCACUCCUUUACCUUUCAAUACAUAAUCAAAGCUGUGUGAAGUUCCUGAAACAGAACAUUUGUCACCAGAUCAAAUGCUCCUGCCUUGGCUUGGCUUGGCUUGUUACCGCCUUGGGAAGCCAAGAUCCUGUGCCAUGAAUACUGAGACCUUCACUGCCUGGACCAUUACUGAGGUGGUGUGUCCAACUUCCAGAUGCUGCCAGUUCCUGCAAAGAGAUUGCUCUGAUCUUUUAGAUAACAUUGCUCAUUAAAAGUUUAGUUGGAAGCAGAGGUGAGAUUCCUUUCAAGCUCAGGGUUAGAAAUUGCUGCAGAAAAAAUGGUCUGUUUGCAGUCGCGGCAUGACGAAGAAAAAUGCAGCGGUGACUCAGGGUGCUGCACAGGGGCUUGCGCCCUACCCAGAGGUUGCUCAGUACGAGUCCACUGCCAAGCUAAAAAGCCUCUGGUGUUCUGUGCCUGUUUGGAAAUGCCAUGUUCUGGGCACGGCCUUCCACAAAAGAAACAACAAACUGAAAAAUCUCUGGGCCAGCAGCUGUCAGAGGUGAGAAGAGACAGCUUUGCUGCUGCUCGGCACAGUGCUCACAGCAGCAGCCCGGCAUCUUUCUGAACGCGAAUAGAUGAUAUUCUGCUGUGUAACGACUGCUCAAGAGAAGAGAGCACCGUGGCUUUUAAAAAUACCAUUUCUAUAGCAUUACCUUUUUGUAACUGUAGCUACUAUUGCUAAAGUGUUUUCUUUAAAAACAGCCUUUGUAAUUAUUUUUGUUUGAACGUGGGUUGCACUGCCAGUCGUGGGGACUCAAUAGAUGUAGAGACGCAUAGGGCUGGCCCCACUUUUCCCUUGAGCGUGA